GAUGGCGGCGCCCAGGGGCGGCUCGGGCCUGGAGACGGACACGGACUCGGACAGCAGCGGCGAGGCGGCAGCGCGGUUCCGGGAGGCCGCCUGGGACUGCGCUGCGCAGGCGGCGGUGGCGGUGCGGGCGGAGCCGCGCAGCGGUGAGGGUGGCUCUAAAAAGGAUCGGCCACAGCCUGCUCAGCCUAGCCUAAGGCGUGAGGUGAACAGUCAUGAUGAGGAUGGAAAUGAGCUACAGACGACACCAGAGUUCAGAGCACAUGUUGCGAAGAAACUGGGAGCAAUGCUGGACGGUUUUAUUACUGUCUCGAAGGACUCAUCAGGACCUUCACAAACUUCUGCCCAACACUCUGACUCUGGAGAUGACGGGUUUCGCCUCUUCUCCUCCUCUGUCCCGGGAGACUGUGGGAAGUCGGAGCCUGGCCCUGCAGCAAGGCGGAGGCGGCCGUCUAGCUCCAGUGACUCAGACAGUGACCAAGAAUGGCAAAGGUACCAAGAGGCUGCUGUGUCAGCCACAGACAUUCUGAAGCAAAGUGCUUUUCCCACACUGUCCCAGGAUUCCAGCCAGGAUCAGAGUCAGGGUUCUGUAGAGCACGGCCAGAAAAAAAAGAAGAAAAAGAAAGUUAGGGAAGAGAAAAAUAUUCAAGAGAAAAUAAUAGACCCAGCAGAGUGUGACCAGAUCAGCAAAGAUUUGUCACAGUUGGUGUCUGCAAAUGGAAAGCCUGAGAAACAGAACGGCAAUCAUACAGAGAACUCAGUGUUGCCAAGAGUCGUGAAGAAGAAAAAGAAGAAGAAAAAAAGAGAAUGAAGAUUUUGCUCUGCAAAACGGCAGGUGGCAUCUGCACCCAGAGCACCAGGUCCCCUUGCUGCAGAGAGUUAAAAAAGCUCCGAUGGGUACAGAAGACUCUCUUUGUGUGGCUAAAAAGAAGUGACAAUUUGGAGUCUGUGUAAAAAAUAUUUAAUGUAAGAAAUUUUCAUGUGAAUAUUAACAUAAAAAGACCUCUUUAGUUUCUAAAGAUUUUUUUUGUCAUACUCUUAAGAAAGAGAAUUUAAAGAACAAGAGCUUUUUUGGCAUUGUCCUAAUGAUGUUUUGAUACAGUUUCCAUGCAUUUUAUUUUUUAUUAUUAUUUUCCUAAUUUCCACUUCUUCCGCCCCCAACAGACAUACUACCCAAUAACGGUAAUUCGAUAAUCGUUAACUGUAAUUACAAUAUCCAACCACAACAUUUAGUUUUUGCAUGAUACAUCCUUAUAAUUCAAGGAUUUUUGCAAACAGAGACAAGAGAUUGUGGGCCUCCUGCAAUAUGUGACACAGCAGAUUCUGUCAUACUCUGCUACUUCUGCCUGUGUUUGGCGUGGUGAUUUCUUUUAUCUAAAGUAAGAUGGAAAAUAUUACCACUGUUCUUGUCUAAAAGAUUGCCCAAUCUAUGUUCUGUGAGUGCAUAUAUACCUGCUGUACGCUUGAGGGGGGAUGAGGACACAGACCAUUAAGUUUCGACAAAGUGCAGCAAUAUUUGUCAAGGGAAACUGUGAAGAGAAGAAAACAUAGCAACAAAUUAUCUGUCUAUAUUGUGUGGCUUCAAUGAUUCCUUAUGCACCCAGAAGUCCUGUUGCUUCUGCUUGCCUUGAAGACCUUCAGCUGCAGAGGCUUGUAAAACAGGCUGUCUUGAAACCAGUGAACUUUGAAGUCUAUAAAAACAGAAAUAAACAUCUGUUUGUACGUUAGGACCUCACUGAACGCUACAACUGGAUGCCAUGUGGAGAAUCCUUAGCUGAAUAUGGAAACCCUUCAAAUACUGAAGAGGAGGUAAAUAUUCUCUAUCACUUUAUCCUGAAGGGUUUUUUCCCUUGGUCUAUUAGAAUUGUCCAUUUUAAACUGUUGGAGGCUGGACACUUAACAAAAUGAGAAAUAGACUUCUACACUGUCAACUUUACCUUCAGUGUAACCUGCCAGACUGUGCUAGUGAAUGGUUCAGCACUCCAUUAAGCAUUUCAGGUUCUUCAAUGUGGGAAAACCAGUGAGCUUUUCAGUGUUUCUUAAAUGUUAUAAAUUGCUAGCAGUCAGACUGAAUGGUUGGGAAGCAGGAAGGAGGCUCCCGCUGCGAAUUAAACCAGUAACCCUUUUAUAUACCCUGGCACUAAGGAUUGCAAUGUUCUAUUUCUCAGAUUAUUUCAAGUGCCACAAGAUGCAGUUGUGAGAUAAAAAGAAUAGCAGAGGCCGAGGGUGGAAACUGCAAAGGUUUAACCAGGUAAAUUAUAAUUCUAGCAGUAGAAAAUUGUAGAGUGCCAUAAUCCAGAUAGCAUUCUCCUGUAACUGAAUUGUACCUGGGGAUUUUGCCUUGAGGAUUAAUAUUUGAAAGAAAAGGACUUUGCUAUACCUGUUUUCAUCCAUUAACAGUGCUUAGUAUAUGUUGAUUUCCUUAAUUGCAACAAUCUGCCAGGCCAUCACUUGAUUUGCAAGUCACCCUGACUAACCUGAACUUGCUGAUUGUGACAGGGGAAAUUUUUGCAGUUUGAAGACACCGAGUGAUAUCUGCUUGGUUUUCUUAGGUUUGCAGUAUUGGGUUUUGUAUCUUUUUCCUGCAGAGUUGCAGGUGUAAUUAACAUGGUGGUUGAGACCCCUUAAAUUCAAUGCUUCACUGACAAGACAUAAGCAGCUUUACAACACUGAACUGGUCAGCUUAAGAGCAGGCUUAUGAACAAUGUUCCAUUAACAAAUCAGUUUGGAGAGAUAUAUCAAUUAGUAGCCACAAGAAAUCUGAUUUCUAUUUUAUUUUAAUGGAAAAUUUAAUAAAGAUUAUUUAAAUACAUUCAACUACUUUGCAUUGUCCUAUAUACACUUAAAUGCAACUUCUGAGGGGUGAUUCUACCCCUCUGCUCCGCUCUGGUGAGACCCCUCCUGGAGUUCUGCAUCCAGCUCUGGAGCUCCCAACAUCAGAAGGACAUGGAUUUGUUGGAGUGGGUCUGGAGGAGGCCACGAAGAUGAUCAGAGGGCUGGAGCUCCCAAAGCCUGACUUCUUGUAUCAACACCGUUUUUACCUUGGAUGUUUUCAUUUGCUGAAUUACGUUAUUAAGUGUACAUGAUGAAAAAUACAGUAAUUUGCUGGGAUAAAGCCAGUCUAAUGUGGCUUCAAGGAGCACACAGAGAAGGAAAACCCUUGAAACAUAUUUCUGAUAAAAUGCUACCAGAGGGAGCCUGUUCCAUGAAUGCAGUGGUAAAAUUUCAAUUGGCAAAAGAAACACAUAGAAAUGGUUCUUUUAAUAAUUCUUCACCAUUUUACUGUUCUUUCUGCUGAGACUGCUAAAUGCUCUUUUGGCCUGAAUGACAUUAACGUCACUCCCUCCUUGAAAAGAGAACUGUUAUUAUCACGUUCACCCUUAUUCUGUGGUUGAGGAAAAGAAAGCAACGCAAGUACCAAACCCGAUUAUUAUUUGUGCAUUGGGAGCUUAGAAUCAAAUGGAACACAGGAGUGUGAAAAAUCUGAGAUAAUUGUCAUUUAUAUGUUGUUUUCAUUGAGUUUUCAUUUCAGUUAUUUAUGGAAACCCUGAGCAUCUCAGUGGGAAAGGACUCACUUGAAUACGUAGUUUUAACAUUUCAAAUAUUUACCUAGUUAUGUUUUAAUUUAGUAGUC